AUGGUCGCGCACGGCCCCGUGCUUCGCACGCUCUACGGCUCGCUGCUUCGGACGGCACGAUCGAUUGAGGCCCUGACCAACAAGCAUAACGCGCACUUUGUCGGGCAGGUCCUGCGGAGGUCGACGAUCAAGCAGUUUGCUGAGGCCUCUCUCGUGUCGCUCGUCUCGAAGCCCUUCUCUGCGGCCGACGGCUCGAGCCCGGCGUCGCUCGUGCGCGAGGCUUUCCGUGGCAGAGGCCGGCACCUCGCUGCGACCGAGGCGCGAUCCACUUGCCCGCCGUCGCAUUCGCUCGACGACGCGUUCGCCGCCCUCCGCAUCGGGAACGAUAUCUUGUCGUGGCUCCGCCUGAACGGCACGCUGCACAGGCUGCACGAGACCGAUGCGGACGUGCUGGAGGGCGCCUGCGCCAUUGCGGACGCGUUGCGCGGCGACGGCGAGCAUUGCCUGCGCGGAACGCUGGCCGAGAUCGAGCGCUACGCCACCGAGGCAGCCGAUUCUUGUGUCGAGUCGCUGCUCGAGGCGGACAGCGUCGCGCGCGGCGAGGUGGAGGACCUGCUUGAGAUUGCCGACGAGGUCAAGACGCUGCUUGAGGCGGACGGGGCGAGGCUCGCGGGCGAUGCGGCGGGCCGGCUCCGGACGCUGCAGCGCAUCAACACGAUCCUGUACGACAAGCUCGGCCUCAAGGGCCACUACGGCUCGGGUGACUUUGCGGACAUCUCCCGCGGCAGCGGCAUUGACCAGGCGCUCGCGCGGCGGCGCGGGCUGCCCAUCGCUCUGUGCGUUAUCUACCGCGCGGUCGCGUCGCGGCUCGGGCUGCCGGUCCAGGUCACAAACUUCCCGAACCACGUGCUGCUGCGCCUCGAGACGGAGGGCGAGGGAGCGGUGCAGACGGCGGAGGGAAGCGAGGCAGAGGCUGGCGCGGGCGUCGACGUCUCUGCCGUGACGGGCCUCUUUGUCGCCGACUACGGCCCGCACGGCCCCGAGGUGGUGGACGUGCAGGUGGGGCGCUAUUGGGGCGAGGUGCGGCUGGUGGCGACCAAGGUCACCGGCGACGCGCACGUCCCGGUGCGGUCGGCGAGCAGCCUGCUGCUCACCUUCGGCGAGGCGCGAGGCAGCGAUGCGGCCGCGCCGCCGCUGCUGUUUGAGCGGUGCGACCCGGCCGGCCUCUGGUUUGUCGACGCGUUUCGCGGGGGCGCGCUGCUCCCGCCGCAGGUGUGCGCCGAGAUCCUGGCGCGCACCGGCAUGCCUCCGGACCAGCACGCGGGCUGCUUGGAGCCGGCCCCGCCGGCGAGCGUGUGGGCUCGCAUGACCCGCAACUUGUGGGCGGCGGCGCGGCGGGGCGGUGACGAGACGAAGGCGGUGUUUUGGGAGGGGGCUGGCUGCGGGCUCGACGAGGCUGCAGGUAGAGCGAACUGA